AUGGCCUUGCAAGAUGUGAUUAUAUACUUCACCCAGGAGGAGUGGGCUCUGCUGGAUCCUUCCCAGAAGAAACUCUACAGAGAUGUGAUGUCGGAAAUCUUUGGCAACUUGUCCUCUCUAGGAAAAUUGUUGCAAGACAAGAACUGUGAAGAUUGCUACAGAAAUUUUGGGGGAAAGUUAAGCAAUAAUAAUGGAGAGCAAGCCUGUGAAAGUAAAGAGCAUCUUCACUGUGGAGAAAUCUUUAGCCAUAUUCUAAAUCCUGAUGUGAACCAAAGCUUUAAUGGAGUUAAGCCAUAUGACUGCAGUGUGCCUGGAGUAGUCUUCAUGUGUCUCUCAUCCCUUAAUAGAUAUAUGGUUCAUGAUACCAGAUACAAACUAGAAAAACCUUAUCAGUGUAAGGAAUGUGGGAAAUCCUUCAGAAGUUGUAGUUCUUUUCGAGUUCAUGAAAGGAUUCACACUGGAGAGAAACCAUAUAAAUGUAAACAAUGUGGGAAAGCCUUCAGAGAUAUGAGAUAUGUACGAGUGCAUGAAAGGAUUCACACUGGAGAGAAACCCUAUGAGUGUAAGGAAUGUGGAAAAGGCUUCAGAACUUCUAGUUCUUUUCAUAUCCAUGAAUGGAUUCACACUGGAAAGAAACCUUAUGAAUGUAAGCAGUGUGGGAAAGCCUACAACAAUUCUUGGUAUUUUCGUGUCCAUGAAAAGACUCAUACUGGAGAGAAACCUUGUGAAUGUAAAGAAUGUGGAAAAACCUUUAGCAAUUGUAGUUCUCUUCGGUUGCACAAAAGGACUCAUACUGGAGAAAAGCCUUAUCAGUGUAAGGAAUGUGGGAAAUCCUUCAGAAGUUCUCGUUCUUUUCGAGUCCAUGAAAGGACUCACACUGGAGAGAAACCAUAUAAAUGUAAGCACUGUGGGAAAGCCUUCAAGGAUGUGAAGUAUCUUCGAGUGCAUGAAAGGAUUCACACUGGAGAGAAACCCUAUGAAUGUAAGGAAUGUGGGAAAGCCUUCAUCGAUUUUAGUCCUCUUCAGUUGCAUAAAAGGAUUCACACUGGAGAGAAACCUUAUCAAUGUAAGGAAUGUGGGAAAUCCUUCGGAAGGUCUAGUUCCUUUCGAAUCCAUGAAAGGACUCACACUGGAGAGAAACCAUAUAAAUGUAAGCAAUGUGGGAAAGGCUUUGUUGCUUCUUCUUCUUGUCGAGUCCAUGAAAGGACUCACAGUGAAGAAAAACCCUAUGAAUGUAAGCAGUGCGGGAAAGCCUUUCGCAAUUGUAAUUCUUUACGAUUGCAUGAAAGGAUGCACACUGGAGAGAAACCCUACCAGUGUAAGGAAUGUGGGAAAGCCUUCAGAAGUUCUGGUUCUUUUCGAAUUCAUGAAAGGACUCACACUGGCGAGAAACCCUAUGAAUGUAAGCAGUGUGGGAAAGCUUAUAGCAGUUCUUGGUCUUUCCGUGUCCAUGAAAAGACACAUACUGGGGAGAAACCCUAUGACUGUAAUGAAUGUGGGAAAGCCUUCAAGGAUUCUUGGUCUUUUCGAGUUCACAAAAGAAUUCACACUGGAGAUAAACCAUAUGAGUGUAAACAAUGUGGGAAAGCCUUUUGCAAUUUUAGUUCUUUACGAUUGCAUGAGAGGACACACACUGGAGAGAAACCUUAGCAAUAUAAGGAAUGUGGGAAAGCCUUCAGAAGUUCUAGUUCUUUUCAAAUCCAUGAAAGGACUCACAAUGGAGAG